AUGGGGGAGCAUUCCGAUGUUUCCAUCGAGUACAAAGACUAUCCCCUAGCCAGGAGCAUAUCCAGCGUUUCGGGACGAAGCCCUUCUCCAACGUCCAAGCUUCUCCAAGCUUUUCUGGAUACAAUAGCCCAAAAGCUCUCGGUGACAGACGACAAGGGGGUGUCGAACAUCCCAGUGGUCUCAGAGACGCAAGGUGACACUACGAUCCAUGUCGUCCCUCGUGGUGAAGAAAUUGCAGAUGUCUCUUCCCUCGAGAACGAAAUCGUAGGCUACGACGCUGAACGCAUGAAGGCUCGCACUCUCCUGACUAAGGCAGAAGAGGCGAGGCUCAUGCGUAGAGUUGAUAUGCACCUCAUGCCACUGUGCAGUAUUAUGUUCCUACUCAAGAAUAUGGACUAUCAGAAUGCGGCCAAUGCUCGAAUCAUGAACAAGGGGACUGACCACAACAUCCUGACGCAACUCCAUAUGAGCUCGAACGAUUACAAUUUCAUAUCUACUAUUUACUAUGUGAGUGGGCCACUCCCUCCAAUGCUUCGUCUGAGUACUCAUUUCCCAUUGAUACCUUAUAUCAUCUUCGAGGCUCCAAGCAACUUAUUCAUCAAGAAGAUGCUUCCUUCUCGAUGGCAGUCCAGGAUUAUGGUCUCUUGGGGCAUUGCGAUCGCCUGCCAUGCUGCAGUUACGAGCAAGACCGGAUUGUAUACAGCUCGUUUCUUCCUAGGAAUGUGUGAAGCAGGCAUGUUUCCCGGCGUGUUACUGCAAAUGGUGUAUUGGUACCGUCCCGACGAGAUGUCGAUUCGUCUCCUCUACUUUUAUGCGCUGGGAAACUUCUCCAAUGUCAUUAGUGGCGUGUUGGCGUACGCUUUCGACACGAUCUCUGGUAGGGAUGGACUCUCUGGAUGGCAAUGGCUCUUCCUCGUCGAGGGUGUGAUCACAAUUGCGUUCGGCAUUUCGCUGUUCUUUAUGUUGCCAGACUUCCCCAAGCAAGCCAAGUGGCUCAGCGAGAAGGAAAAGGCAUUCAUUCAAGCACGCUUGCCCGCCAACGCGCCUCGAGCGGAAGAGCUUAAUUUCAGCUUCCGUGAAAUUGUCACAGCAUUGAAGGAUAAAAGGAUGUGGCUCUUUACGAUGCCGACUGUCAUUGCGAAUUUGGGAUUUACGUCAAUUGCGAAAAGUCAACUCCUGAAUAUCCCUACUUCAUUUCUUUCCAUCAUGAUAAUUGCCAUCUCGGGAUACUUUGCGGACAGUGCCUGGCUGCCUCGCCCUAUAAUCCCCUUGGGCUUCCUGGUAUCUAUUCUGGCAUGCUACAGCGUGCUAUACACCUUUCCUAACAACGGCGGCGUCUACGCGGCAACCGUCCUGGCCAAUUCCUUUGCGCAGAGCUGGUACCCGCUGAUGUGGCCGUGGCGAGUCCAAACCACCUCUCGCGCAACGGGUUCCGCAUUCGCCAUCGGAUUUGUGAACAGCUACGGUCAAAUUGGGGGGGCGGUCGGACCGCAGAUCUUCCAGUCCAAAUACGCACCACACUAUACCGUGUCAUUCGCUAUUGCUAUGGCGAUUAUCGGAGGAUGUCUCCUGGUCACCUGUAUUACGUGGUGGGUAACUAGGGAGACAGAACGGCAGACGAGGAAAAUCAAGAAGCUGCGCAUGAAGGCGGCGAAGAGGGGCGAGUCAGUGUUGGACGAUGUGGACGCGAGUGCCGAUGUGAAAAGGAAAGAGGAGGUGCGCGAGGCAGCGUAG